GCUCGCGCCGAUUGUGCUAUGUGGGCGACUCUGCAUUGAAAUUGAUUUUAAAAUGUCAAAUCAGCACAUACAGGUGGUGGGGGCCUCGUGCGGCCAGCACGGCUCCUACGUCUUCUACAAGGCGUUCAGCUUCGCCUGCGCCGGGCGGCGGCGCGUGCUGGCGCUGGGCGAGUUCUUCUUCGUGAAGCUGUGGACGGGCCAGGAUCAGGUGUGCCUGGGUGAGCUGCAGCUGAUCUUCGAAGAGGGCGGCAGCGGCGAGCGGCUGGCCUGCUUGCGGCUCUACUUCCUGCCCGAGCACACGCCCGACGGCAGGCUCGAAUGCCACGGCCAGGAUGAGGUGCUGGCCGUGCAGGAGAAGCUGACGGUGCGACUGGAGGACCUGGCCGAUGUGGUGGUGCGCGUGCCGCGCUGGGCGGCCGGCUGGCCGGCGGGCGGCGGCCACAACCCGGCCGGCCCGGCCGCCGCCUUCUGCUCGACGGCCGCCGCCUCCGGCCGGCUGGCCAUGGCCGACGUGGAGCGCGCCAAGCGGAGCCUCGGCGACACCGUUGACCCGGACGAGCCGUGUGCGCUGGUGCUCAGCUACGACCGCUACUGCCGGCUGCGCGGCCUCAUGAAACGGCUGGAGUCGGUGAACCCGCGGGUGUACACACACGCGCUGGUGCGCGCCCUCGGCGGCCAGCAGAUCCCCAGCCGCAACACGCGCCUGCUCUACUGCCGGGACGUGUUCGACUACCCCGAGCUGGACAGCCACGAGGUCUUCUGCAACCACCUGGCGCCGAAGCUGCGCGGCCGCAGUCGGAAGAAGGCACGUCGCGACGGCUCGUCGCCCAGCUCCGAGUCCACCUCCGACACGGAGAGCAGCCUGCCGAAGAUGCCGACUGCGGCGGCGCACGUGACGCUGGAGGCGGGCUCCCUGCGCCGCAAGCCGACCCUGAUGCGUGGCCUUAUGCCCAGCGGCAAGCAGCCCCACCAGCUCAAGUCGUGGCGCUGGGGCGAGAAGGAGCUCCUCCAGCGGCUGCACCACUUCAUGAACCAGCGCGGCACGCCCAUCAAGAGCAUGCCCAUCUGGGGGCUCCAGAACCUGAGCCUGUUCCGACUGUACCGGCGCGUCCAGCAGCUGGGUGGCUACCAGUCCGUGUGCGCGCGCCGCCUCUGGAAGCAGGUGUUUGACGAGAUGGGCGGCAGUCCGCACAACACGGCCGCCGGCACGUGCACCCGGCGCUGCUACGAGAGGCUGUGUCUGCCGUUCGAGCGGUACGACCGCGGCCUGCCGGAGCCGAUGGCCGAGCAGCGACCUCGCCUGUCGGCCGGGCCGGCGCCGCGACCGCCGGGCCAGCCGCCGGCCGCCGGCACGUCCGUGCUGUCGGCGCUGGCGCAGACACGGCCCUCUAUCACCAUCACGCCGCUGCCGCGCCCCACCCGCAUCGGCUCCAUCACCAUCACACCGGUGGGGAAGGCGCCAUCGCCGGCCGCGGCGCCGCUGGGCUCGGUCGAGCAGCUGAUGGCGCUGCAUAUGGCGAGCACGUCGCUGCCGCCGCAGAUGCUGCAGUACAUGGCCGGCUUCCCGGCAGUCGGCAAGGCGUCCGGCCUGGAGCAGCUGCACCGCGCCCAGCAGCAGAUGGCGCUGCAGAGUCUGAUGGCGCAGCGCAUGACCAUGAUGCCCAGUAUGCCCGGCAUGACCAAGGAGCAGGCGCAGGCCAACAUCGAGGCCUACCAGCGCAUGCUGCAGGGCAACUUCAACAAGUCGUGA